GUUCCGUAAGUCAAAGAUGCAACGGAUGAAUUCUCACAGCUAUAAAUUCAUGCGGCUCAGCUUUUCUGAGCAAACCCUAGACCGACAUUUGCGGGUGCCACUUCCUCUGAAGAGUAUCUGCGCAUCUCUAUCGCCGAAACAAGCCAAACCUACUAGCUAGCAAUGGCAGUCGCAUUCCAUGAUCUUGUCUCACCGGCUGGCCUCAAGAAACUUGAUGACUACCUCCUUACUCGCAGUUAUAUCACUGGGUACCAAGCUUCAAAAGAUGAUGUUACAGUGUAUGCAGCUCUGCCAAAGGCUCCAUCAUCUGAAUUCGUGAAUUUGUCCCGGUGGUUCAUCCAUAUUGAUGCACUCCUAAGGAUUUCUGGUGUAUCUGCAGAAGGUUCAGGAGUCACUGUUGAGGGAUUUGCUUCUAUCACAGAAGAGGCAAUUGCAACUCCUCCAGCUGCUGAUUCAAAGGCUGCUGCUGCCGAUGAUGAUGAUGAUGUGGAUCUGUUUGGUGAAGAGACUGAAGAGGAAAAGAAGGCUGCAGAAGAACGUGCGGCUGCUGUCAAAGCAUCUGCAAAAAAGAAAGAGUCUGGAAAGUCAUCUGUUCUAUUGGAUGUCAAACCAUGGGAUGAUGAGACUGACAUGAAAAAGCUUGAGGAAGCAGUUAGAAGCAUUCAGAUGGAAGGACUGCUUUGGGGAGCCUCCAAGCUUGUGCCUGUUGGAUAUGGUAUAAAGAAAUUGCAGAUUAUGCUAACCAUUGUGGAUGACUUGGUGUCUGUCGACAACCUCAUUGAGGAACAUCUGACAGUUGAGCCAGUGAAUGAGCAUGUCCAGAGCUGUGAUAUUGUGGCCUUCAACAAGAUAUAAUUUGAGGAUCCUUCUGGCUGGGACAGGGUGAAGGAGAGGUUUCUUUGAGUGAAGAUGUAUUUGGGGGAAAUGAUAUAUAUUAUUUUUGGCCUUGGCAUGAUCGCUUCCCUAUUUUGGUUGUUUUUUAUUUUGGACCUGGUUAAAGGGUUGUUCAUUGUAGUAUCUUUGGGCCGGUGACAAUUUUAUCAGUUCUGCAUGUUUUGAAAAA